AUGGUACUGGAGGACAACGAGUGCGACUCUGUCUUUGAGCCCCAGAUCACUGAGGAGCACGUGGAGACCCAGUAUGGGAACGUCCACUGCGUCAUGACUGGAACUCCGAGGGCAAACCGCCCUGUCAUACUGACAUUUCAUGAUGUUGGACUGAACCACAAGUCCUGUUUUUCGACACUGUUCAACCACGAGGACAUGCAGGAAAUCAUCAGACGUUUGCCUAUUUGUCACGUUGAAGCACCGGGACAACACGAGGGAGCCAAAACUCUGCCGACUGCGUAUACCUACCCUUCCAUGGACCAGCUGUCCGAAGCACUGCCCGCUGUCCUCAAACACUUUGGGCUGCGCAGUGUGAUCGGGCUGGGAGUUGGCGCAGGAGCCUACAUCCUGGCUAAAUUCGCUCUCAAUCACCCUGACCUGGUGGACGGAUUAGUUCUGAUCAACAUCAACCCCAGCGCUGAGGGACUAAUGGAUAGUGUUGCAAACAAGAUCACUGAAUGGACCCACACUCUGCCGGACACAGUCAUCACACACUUGUUUUCAAGGGAUGAGAUCGAGACCAACCACGACCUCAUAGCUACGUACCGUCACCACAUCACGACGACGAUGAACCAGUCCAACGUGAGCCAGUUCCUCCGCUCCUACAACAGCCGCGGCGCUCUGGAGGUGGAGAGGCCUACACCUGGAGGAAACAUCAAUGUCAGGACCCUCAAGUGCUCCACUCUGCUGGUUGUUGGAGAUAACUCUCCAGCUGUGGAGGCCGUGGUCGACUGCAACUCUAAACUCGACCCCACCAAGACCACACUGCUCAAGAUGGCAGACUGUGGAGGACUUCCUCAGGUGAAUCAGCCAGCCAAAGUGAUUGAAGCCUUCAAAUAUUUCAUUCAGGGGAUGGGACACUUGUCCAGCGCCAGCAUGACCAGACUUCGGUCCCGGACGACCUCCAGCUCCAGCAUCUCAUCUUUCGACGGCUCUCGGAGCCGCGCGCAUACCAACGACCUGCAGCGUGGCCGAGCACACUCGCGCGGCGCCGAGGAGAAGCGUGGGCGCUCGCACACUGACGUCUCCAUGGAGAGUAUUUCUAACAGUAACAUGGACCAGAUCAUCUCUAAGUCCACCGAAGUGGCAUGCUAG